GCAGUAACAAAGGAGAAAUUUUCACAGAAUGCGGAUCUGCUUGUGCAAAACAUGUCGUGAUAUAUCACGUGGUUUAAAAUGCAGUGAAAGAUGCAUUCCUGGAUGUCAGUGUCCUAAAGGAUCUUACUUGGACGAUAAGAAUCAUUGUGUACCUAUGAAGAAAUGUCCAUGUUUCUUUGAAGGAAUUUAUUACAAGGCGGGUGAAAGUGUCAAAGUUGGACGUUGUAAAACCUGUACAUGUAAUAAGGGUGCUAUGACCUGUGUCGACGAUCGAAAAUGCUCAUCAAAAAGUCCUUGUGAAUCUUUCCCGUGCAAAAAUGAAGGUGGUUGUCUUGAGGAAGGAGAUACGUUUACUUGUCUUUGUAUUAACGGAUAUAAAGGAAAAACUUGUGAAGAGUUAAUACCAACACCUUGCGACAAACGUCCUUGUAAAAACAACGGUACUUGUACAAACAAUGGAGAAAAAUUCUCUUGUGAAUGUGCUUCUGGUUUUAAAGGCGAAACUUGUGAAGUUGGAGUUUGUGAUCAUUCUUCUUGCAAGAAUGGUGGCUCGUGUGUUGCUGAUGGUAGUUCAUACAAAUGUACAUGCCCUCCAGACUUUAUUGGUGUUCACUGUGAAACAAAGGUUCCAAAUCCUUGUGAGCCAAAUCCAUGUAAAAAUGGUGGACAAUGCAACAUUUUGGGUAACAGCUACACAUGUAAAUGCAAGCCUGCUUUUGGCGGCAACAACUGCGAACAUUCACAAUCAACAUGCAUUGCAUCUGGUGAUCCUCAUUACACUUCAUUUGAUGGCAAAAGAUUUGAUUUUAUGGGAGAUUGUGAAUACGACUUUGCUAAAGAUUGCAGCAAAAAACCACUUUUUACAGUUCGCACAAAAAAUACGCGAUGUGGAGGGUUUGUCACUUGUACAGCGGCUGUUAAGAUCUAUAUAGCUGGUUACUUCAUUCAGUUCACGCGUCAGAGUCGUUCCGCAGUUGUAAACGGAGUUAGGCUUUCACAAUUUCCAAUAGUUCGUCGUGGUAUGUGUUUCUAUUUAAAUUUCUUUGAAUUGAUUUAA